AUGUCGCGCGUGCCGAUCUCGGAGGAGCAGGCUCAGCAGAUGGUGGCGAAGCAGCAGGCGCAGCAGGAGCGGAUGGAGGCUUUUGAGGAGCAGAAGGAGAAUAUGCUGCGCGCUUUCGUAAGUGCGGAGGGCCGCGAGCGCCUGAAGCGCAUCGCGCAGGUGAAGGCGGACCGCGCCCAGGCUGUAGAGUUGCACAUCAUCCAAGCCGUGCAGAGGGGCAAGAUGCAGCCGCCCGUGUCGGAUGACACGGUGCGGGAGCUGUUGGGGCAGAUGGCGAACCAGGAGGCGGAGAGCAGGUCCCACAUCACCAUUGCUCGCAAGCGCAUGGAUGAUGACUGGUGA